UGCGCCCUGCGUUCCCGGGGACGGCUUCGCGGGCGCGGAUCGCCGAGACUGGAGCGCCGCUCUUCGCCGAGCGCCGGAGCCCGGCCCCGGAGGUCGCGCGUCCUGACCCGCAGUCUCAGUGGACGCCUGAUCCCCGGCUGCCUUGUUUGAAAACCAAGAAGUUGUGUUGAUUUAACAGCUUGCAAUUUCUGCUAACACUAUCAUGAGAAAAAAUUCCAGUUCUGUCCUUUCUAACCUGCAUGCGAACCUUUGACUUUUAACUUACUUGUUCACUCCUUCACCCUCCGUAAAGAUGUCCGAAUCUGACCCUUCAUCUGGAUUUUCUGGAAGUGUGGAGAAUGGAACUUUUCUCGAGCUGUUUCCCACAUCCCUGUCCACGUCGGUGGACCCGUCCUCAGGCCACCUGUCAAAUGUCUACAUCUACGUGUCCAUAUUCCUGAGCCUUUUAGCGUUUCUGCUUCUGCUUUUAAUCAUUGCCCUCCAGCGGCUCAAAAAUAUCAUCUCCUCCAGUUCCUCCUACCCGGAGUAUCCAAGCGACGCUGGAAGUUCUUUCACCAAUUUGGAAGUCUGCAGUAUUUCCUCUCAAAGGUCCACUUUUUCAAACCUUUCAUCGUGA